AUGAAGCUUUCUUCGGGCUCCAUGGCCGGUUUGGCUAUGUCCCUGCUCUCAGGUUCCAAAUUAGUUGCUGCUCAGACUUGGACCUCCUGCAAUCCCAUGGAAAAGACUUGCCCUCCAGAUCCUGCUCUUGGAGGGACGGCUGACUUCGAGUUCCACUCCGUCUCUGAGCGAUUCGACGUCCUCGGGGGUGCCCCAACAUAUGGCUCAAAUGGGGCUUCCCUAGCCGUAGCCAAGCAGGGUGAUGCACCCACCCUUGUCUCGAAAUUCUACAUCAUGUUUGGCCAUGUUGACUUUGUCAUCAAAGCCGCCCCUGGCCGAGGCAUCGUCAGCAGUGCGGUCUUACAAUCCGACGACCUGGACGAGAUUGAUUGGGAAUGGCUUGGUGUAGACAACGCCCAGGUGCAAACCAACUACUUUGGAAAGAAUCAGCAGGGCACCUUUGACCGUGGCCAGUUCCACGCCAAUCCGGGCAAUCAAGAUGGCUUUCAUACUUACUCGAUCGACUGGAAUAGCGAUCGGCUUAUCUGGCAGAUCGAUGGUCAGACUGUCCGUACCCUUACUGCCGCCUCUGCUGGUGCAUCGUACCCGCAAACCCCUAUGCAGAUCAAGGCUGGUGUCUGGGCCGGCGGUGAUCCUUUCCAAUCCUCCUGGAACUAUCGUGGUAGUUGGCAGUCCAUUGAAGCCAUUGGUGGUAAGGUCAAUGGCCACGGAACUCCUGGCUCGGGCCCACAGGUAGAGUCUUCAAUCCCCCCUGCAGAAGCCACCCGGCCCCCAACCACCAAAGGUAUAAUACACCCAAGCGAGUAUCCUUGGGUUCCAUCUAGUACCCUCAAACCUGAGAGUACACCGUCAAUAACCUCGUUUGCAGGGCUCCCCAGUGAAUGGAUAGUCACAGACUCUGGGAGAGCCACACCGCCGUCCACGGCUUCUAGCGCAUCCCAGUCUGCUUCACGAUCGUCGCCUUCAUCUCCGGUCUCGGUCUCCUCUUCCGCUGGUGGCCCUGAAUCGCCCUCAGCCACUGGUACAAGUUCACCAAAUGCCACAGUUGCUCCCGGAACAGGUGCAGCUAAUCUCAAUUUCCCUAUCUCAUAUGGGGUCUCUGCUAUUUGUGGCUUGAUUGCUGCCGUCGCCUUCUUCCAAUAG